AUGCCGAACUGUCCCCGUUGCAAUAAACCAGUAUAUUUUGCUGAGCGUGUAUCAUCUAUUGGCAAGGAUUGGCAUCGGCCAUGUUUACGAUGCGAGAAUGAACAUUGCGGACGGACACUGACUGCUGGAGGACAUUGCGAGCGCCAAGGUAAGCCUUAUUGUAAUCAGUGCUAUGGUGCAAUGUUUGGUCCGAAAGGUUACGGUCAUGGUGGCUCCGAAUCGCAUACAUUUCACAACGGGCUAACUGGUAAGGCCAAUUGA